AUGAAUACGCAUCUCAAGGCAGUAAAACUUACAGUAAAAAAUCGCACUGCCGUUACAUUAGACACUUUAACUGUUAGAGGAAAUAAUGUCAGGUAUUACAUACUUCCAGACAGUUUACCUCUCGAAACGCUUUUGAUCGACGACACACCUAAAGCGAAGGCCAAGAAGAAGGAAACCGCACGAGGAGCUGCAAGAGGUAGAGGUAGAGGCCGCGGUAGGGGAGGUCCUCGAGGAAGAGGUAGAGGCAGAGGACGUAGAUAA